AUCCAAUGUGAAAACAACUGACGAGAUGCCAUUUGUGUGCACGUGUGUAUAGCGACAGGGAACAUGGCUGUAAAGCGACCACACCAAGUUCUGUAUGCUGGCCGGUGGAUGGACGACUCUUCUCGGAUUGCACAUGCUAGCACGAAGAACGGCCCCCAAAUUUUCAUUGGCGACGAGGGUGAAUACGCUGAGCGGCCCAACAGCAUCCAAACCGAAACAGAGAACCCAGAGCCAAGGGCUGCGGUUGUGGAUUCCCAGGACCAUGGCUCGUAUACUCUGACGAUACAGUAACGGAGAAAUGGAGGUGGCGCCCGUAGAUGCAGCUCUGUUGUACGCAUUCGACACAUUGCCGAAGAUGAACGUCCAUCGGGAAUAUUACACGUCGAAAACCUGGCGCAGGCAUCGUUGCAGCCGAGUAUCAGCUAGUGCUUUGGUGCAUGACCUCUUUGGCUGGCGCCCUCCAGCCUUUGGUUUUCACCGCUCAAUGCUGAAGAGUUGUUAACCUGAUAGAGCUGCAUCAAGGAUGCUGUAGCAAAGGUGUGAUUUGCUAGCAUUGUCAAAUAUCAGCACGAACAAGUACUCGAUGACAACUAUAUGCAUUACAUAGCUCACCGCCAUGACCACAUGAACAACCCAAGUUGCAAGAUGAGAGAUGAGAGAUUAUAGGACUCAACACUCGGUCACGGUGAUUUGAGAGGAUGGGACAAGCAAGACGGUGUGUGUAUACGAGCACAUACAGCUUUGCUAGAGCUAGAAUAUGCGCCUCGCUUAUGAAUUUGGAAAGCUUCGCGAGCGAGACAACAACGCUAGCAUCGUGGUUUGAAUAGAAAAUAAUGCGUACAGUAGGAUUGGGUAUCAAAGGGGGG